AUGAAGAGAAGAAGCUCCGCUAAUGGAAUAUCCAUCCAAGUUUUGUGCUAUGAUAUUUUGAUCCAAAUUUUCAUGAAACUUAAUGUCGAUGAACUUUCAAUUGCUUCUAUGGUGUGCAAAUCAUGGAACCAAAUUUGCCGUGACCCUUUACUAUGGGCUAAGAUUGAUCUAUCUCGAUUAAACCCUAAUAUUUUUAGUAAUAUACCUAUAUUGCAAGGAACUUGGAGGGAAGAUACAAAUUCAAGAUAUAAAUUGAUGAAAUUCUUGAAUUAUGCUCUAAGUUUAAGCAAUUAUAAUACAAAUUGCUUAAAACUGAACUUCUUUGCAUAUUUGUCUGAUGCACAAUUAACCUAUGUAGCUGAAAGGGAUUGUGACACCAAAUCUAAAGCAGUUAGUACUUCCUCUUAA